AUGUCCCCCUCCCGUCACCCACCUUCACCGUCGCCCUCGCUUUCCCCCACUGUCGCUUACGCUCCCACCCAUCGUCGCUCACGCUUCCCCCUACCUUCUCCCACGCUUCCCCUCUCAUCAGCCACGCUUCCUCCCACCGUCGCCCUCGCUUCCUCCCACCGUCGCCCUCGCUUCCUCCCACCGUUGCCCUCGCUUCCUCCCACCGUCGCCCUCGCUUCCUCCCACCGUCGCCCUCGCUUCCUCCCACCGUCGCCCUCGCUUCCUCCCACCGUCGCCCUCGCUUCCUCCCACCGUCGACCUCCCUUCUCUCCCACCUCUCUCCAUGUCGUCAUUACUCCCCUGCCUAUCACGUUCCCCCUCUUCACCAUCGCGUCUCCACCCAUGCCGCCCACCCUCUCAUCCCUUCCCAUCGCAUUUAGGGUCGUCGUUGUACUCAUUCCCUAUUGCCUCGUUAUCUCACUCAUGCUCUCCCCAUUACCACCUUUUCUACUCCUACCAUCGCCCAUGGUGACCACCCCACCCUUGCACCCUUAUUUCCUUCUCAUUCUCCCUCCCCAUCAGCCUCUCACCCACCCUGGGCGGGGAGGUGGUGAUGAGGCUUUGGAGCAGAGUGUUGGGGGCACAGCCAGGGCAGCGCGUGCAGGCGGGCAGCAAAGAGUGCAAUACUGCAGGGGGCGGGUUAGGGGAGCGGGGGAGGCGGGGAUGAGGGAGAGAGGGUGCAGGGAUCCUUCUAUCCCCCUUAUACCCUGCCACACUUUUACCUCUUGCCCUCCUCCCUUACUCCGUUCCGUCGUUCCCCCUCAGCCGUCCUCCUCUCCCUCUCCCUUCCUCCCUUCCUCCAUCUCUUUGCCUCACUACCCUCUUUACCCUCUCUGUUGCCCGUCCUCCCUUCCUACCGUCCUCCCUUCCUCCUGUCCUCCCUUCCUCCCGUCCUCCCUUCCUGUCUUUCUUCCUCUCCUCAUCCUCCCUCGAUGCAGUCCCCCUUACUCUUUCCAUCUCCCACUCUCCCUCUCCCUUCCUCACGCCAACCCUGCUCCUCCGUUACACCCUUCUACCCAAACCCUUGUACCCAGCCGCACAUUUUCCUCUCAUCCCCCCAUCAUCUCAUCCCCCCAUCAUCUCAUCCCCCCAUCAUCUCAUCCCCCCAUCAUCUCAUCCCCCCAUUAUCUCAUCCGCCCAUCAUCUCAUCCCCCCAUCAUCUCAUCCCCCCAUCAUCUCAUCCGCCCAUCAUCUCAUCCACCCAUUAUCUCAUCCGCCCAUCAUCUCAUCCGCCCAUCAUCUCAUCCCCCCAUCAUCUUAUCCCCCCAUCACCUCAUCCCCCCAUCAUCUCAUCCGCCCAUCAUCUCAUCCAGUCGGGAUGAGUAUAGGGUUUGA